CGCAUUUUUGAAGAAACAUGGUUUUCUUGCUAGAUUUGAACCGCUAUAGACAGGUUUAACCUAAAAAUAUGUUUUUGCUGCACAUUAGUUGGAUUGUCUUAGUGAGAUUUUAGGCUUGUAUGCUUGACUUGAGUGGGAAAUGGAAACUUUUGAACACAUUUCCUUUUAUUCUAAUUCACCUUGAAGGAGAUGAGAUCACCGUGAAUCUUUAUAGGAGCUGGAUGAUUCCAAAGCUGACUUGGUUUCUUUCUUGGGUCUUUAUCUGCCAAAUUCCAAGGUUUUGUGCUUUGAUCUGACUGUAAUGUUUUCUGGAAAGGGUUCAGGAGUUUGUGUUGGUUCUGUUUUCUGAGGCUGUCUAUUUGUCAUUUUCUUGUUGAUUUUUGUUUGAGAUUUGGGGAUAUGGUUUGUUUCUAAGAGAAUGCCAAUGCAGAUAUGAUCUGGUUCACAUUAUGCCAUCAUAUUCAUGGAGGACUCACUAAAUUUGAAGACUGCAUACUAUUGGUUUUCAUCUGGUGAAGUUGGAGCCAUUUGGCACAACUGCAUUCAAAGCCUGCAAAAGAAGUACUGAGAAUUAAGUUAUUUUUUUGCUUGAUGCGCUUCUGAGACUAUUGGAUUAAGAUGGAAAGAGGACUGGACACCGAUUUACCAUUGGAUUAUGCAGCAUUUCAGAUUUCCCCAUCGCAAAACAGGUACGAGGCAUUUGUAUGUGGCGAAGGCAGAACAGAGAGACUAGCUUCUGGCCUUCUGGAAAACCUAGUGUUACAUUUAUCGGCAACAGGAAGCUUCAUCUCUGAUGGAUCGGGUGACAACCUCAAACUUCAAUUACCUGAAAGCCUCAGGGGCUCAUCAUGGUUCACCAAGUCCACUAUUUCUAGAUUCCUGCAUAUUGUUGGUGAACCCGAGUUGUUAAAAGCUGCCAAUGCAAUUAAAGAUGAGAUAUUGCAGCUAGAGGAAGCUAGAAGGUUUCAUCUUACUUUGUAUUCACAGGGUCAGCAGAAUCAUUCUGGAAGUGGGGCAACAGAUAGCAGCUACUCAAGAGACACGGAACCAGCACUGAAACCUGGAGACAAGUUGGCAUCAUCCGAUCCUACAAAGAAUGAACUGUUGCGAGCAAUGGACUUGAGGUUAACAGCCUUAAGGGAUGAACUAGCCUCUGCUGUCAACCGUGCUGCAGGUUCCACAUGCUCUGUUAAACAAAUUGCUGACCUAGCAGCAUUUGCUGAGCAUUUUGGAGCUGUAGAUUUAAGGAAUUCUUUGUACAUGUAUUUAGCACUGAACCAGAAGAACCAAACUGCUGAUCCUGUAAAUGAGCAGCCAGCUUUCUCACACGAUUCAAAGAACAACAAUGGAAAACUGGUAGUGGGGAUAGCUCAAGAUGGUUUGCCAGUAGAUACAGUCAAACACAGCAACAGUGGUGUCUCUCCUGCAAAAAUUGCACAAGCCGAGCGCCAAAGCUCAGCAGGAAGCGAUGAAUCUUCAAGCUCAAGCGACGAAGAUCGAUCAUUAAUUGAAAGAAGUCGGCCUCUUAUCAGAUCCGCAUCGCCUAGAAGAUCAGCAUCUCCAAUGCGACGGGUCCAAAUAGGGAGAUCUGGAUCGCGCAGGGCCACUGCACUAACUAUUAAGAGCCUUAGCUAUUUUCCACCGAGGGAACGGAUAUCAUCCAACAGGGAUGCUGCUGGAAACAGCAGUGGAGAUGAAGAAUCUGACCAGCCAAUGAAGAAAGCAGAGAACACUGUGCGGCGAAUGAGCGUCCAAGAUGCAAUCAAUCUCUUUGAGAGCAAGCAGAGAGAUCAAAAAUCAGAUACUCAGAAAUGGAGGUCAUCGGUAGAGACCGCCGUUAGCACCAAUAAAGCUGUCUUGAGAAGAUGGAGUGCAGGUAUGAGUGAUUCGUCUGCUCAAUGCCUGCCGGAAAAUUCAUCUGAAGGUGGCUUUCAGGGUACUCACGAUAAUUCCGUGACAGAAAUGGUAACGAGGAAUUCAGUGGAAGCAAAGCCAGAAACUGAUUUCUUGGCAGGCAGUCCAGAUCCUGUUGAGACUGCUGAAGCAACUGAAUCUUUAGCUGCUGAGAAAAAGGCAUCUCCUCCAACUGAGAGUCCAGCAGAUUUAUUUGUUUCCAAAGAUGAAGACGUUCCUGAUCGUGCAACUGCCUCAGCUGAGUGGAAUCGACAAAAGGAAGCUGAGUUGAAUCAAAUGCUGAUGAAAAUGAUGGAGAGUAAACCUGCCAGACACCGGAACGCAACAACUGCUGGCAGCAGAAACCAGGAUCACUCCAGUGAUCGGAGGGGUGGAUUCUACGAUCACUACAAGGAGAAGAGGGAUGAGAAACUUCGAGGAGAGAAUGCUAGGAAACGGGCAGAGAAGGAGGCACAGUUCAAAGCAAUGCAGGAAAUCCUUGACAAGAGGAAAGCUGAGAUGACCUCAAAACCAAAGAAUGUGGGCGUUGCUGCCAAACAAAAUUCUCCAGCUCAGGCUCAGAAAUUGCGUAGAAGUUCGUCUCCGCCUGUGCUACCCAAAAAAGAACCCUCGAAGCCAGCUGCUGUAAGGAAGUCUCUACCUAAAACUUCACCCCUCCCUGCUACGCGUAGCUCAUGGCCAUCAACACCAUCCCCAAGAUCCAUUGGGCCACCAUCUACUAAAAUCUCCAGCGGGACCUCCACUGGCACCACUCCGAACCGCCGAAAGCCCCAGCCAACACUAUCCCCGACAAGGCCAAGCCCCAAGCUGGAAAGAUCCCAUCCACAACAGAAAGGGGUGAAGGGAGCCCAGACUGAGAGCAAGCGGAACUUAAAAGGUGGGGAAGAGAAGAAGCAGCAAACAGUGACAAAAAGUGGCAAAAAUACUAAAACAAAAAUAGCAGCAUCCACAGAUGAUUCUGGCAUGGUUCCAGCCAAGCCAAGUUUCUACAGCAAGGUGACUAAAAAGAGCACUGUGGUGCCAUUGGAGUCGAAGCCUUUCCUACGGAAAGGCACUGGAAUAGGUCCAGGUGUUGGUCCUGUUGUUGUCAAGGCAAAAACUUCUCAGUCCGAUGAAUCUUCAAAAAACAGUGGGAAUCUGAUACAACCUCAAGAAAAUGAUGUAGUAGCUGCAACAACCGAAACAAUAACUCAGCUGCCACCUGGUGAUGACGUGGCCCAGGAACCAGCAGUUGGAGAUUUGGAAUUAGAGAUAUUGGUAGACAGCAAUUCAAAAUGUGAAAAUGCAGAGACUCCUGAACAAUUUUCUGUGGAAGCUGAUGAUAGCUUCACAAAGACAGUAGAAUUUCCUGUACAAUAUCCUGUAGAAGAAAUCCAAGCUGAUGAGGAUUCAGGUAUCUCAUCUGCCGCCUGGGUAGAAAUAGACCAUCAGGGACUGCCGCCAUCCAGUGACACUGGUCCAUCACAAAUUGCAAUGCUGACAAAUGUUGCACCGGUGUCCAUAUCAAGUCCACGUGUCCGUCAUUCCCUUUCACAGAUGCUGCAAGCUGACAGUGGUGAGCCAGAGAUUAUAGAGUGGGGCAAUGCUGAAAAUCCUCCAGCAAUGGUCUAUCAGAAGGAGUCACCCAAAGGAUUGAAGAGGCUCUUGAAGUUUGCAAGGAAAAGUAAAGGAGAUACAAAUGCGACUGGUUGGGCCAGCCCAUCGAUCUUUUCUGAAGGAGAGGAUGAUGCAGAGGAACCUAAAGCUACAAGUAAGAGAAAUGCAGAUGCUCUACUGAGGAAGUCUGCCCUUCAAGCGAAGGGCUCCGGGCAGCAGAAAACCAUGUUUGGUGAAAGCUAUGAUGGUGGAAAUUCAAGCAAAAGAGACCACACAGCCGCUCAUGAACUUCUAUCAGGCCAGUCGAAUGCAAGCAACUUUACGAGUCAGGUUUCUCACAAGCUGCGUGAGGGACAAACCCCAGCUACAGCCACCUCGACCAAAGCAACGCGGUCCUUCUUCUCCCUUUCAACAUUUAGGAGCAGCAAAUCAAGUGAAACAAAGCUUCGGUAAUGCCAAGAUCAUUUCAAAGCUAUAGGGGAUUAAAGUAUGGCUCUUCUCCUGUCUCUUACAAGCCAUGUACUUGCAGGUGAAGUUUGGAUCGCGAAAUGUUUCGUUUUAUUUUAUGUUGUAUUGAGUCUGUUUAUCUGUGGUAUUAUUUAAAUAGCAUCUCUUCUUCUUAUUCUGCUGAGUUUCUUCUGUAAAUACAAUGCAAUCACAAUCAUAUUCUCUACCCCUUGUUGAA